GCGCGCACAAGUCCCACGCCGGUCCGCCCAGCCCGGCGUUACCACCGCACGCAACGGCGACGGGUGGAGCUGGAGCUGCAAGUGGAAGAAAGCGGAGCUCGGCUGGAUCCAUGCCAGAUCCUUCCUCCUGGACAGUGCCCCCUCCCCUCUCCUCCCCAUCCCCCCUCCUAGUGCUGCAAGUGGAAGAUGGUUGGAUCUGGGCUGGAUCUGGAUAAAACCAUGUGAAGGUGUCUUUGUUUCUGUUUAAUAUCUUUGCAUUUUUAGUUACAGUAGAUCGUCUUGUGUUAUUCAGGAAAAAAAGUGUGCGGGUAAUUAAAAGUACACACUAUUACAAACUUAACUUAGUUUUAGAGCAAUAUUAAACUAUGAUGCUAAUGGCCGAUGUGUCCUCCCGUAGCAAAUUAUAAAGAAGUAAACGCUAAAGUUGCCCUAGAUACGGUCAGGUGGCGAGUUGAUUGUGCCACACCCACCACGUGUCGGUGCACUGUGAAUGCCUUUGUGUGCUAUGUGACUGUGCCACAGCUGUGAGCCCCUGACGAGCACCAUGCGGCGCCUCCUCCUCUCCGCUCCGCUGCGCCGCCGCGGCCUAUGCACGGCCGCGCCCGACCCCGCGCUCGCCUCCUCCGCGGAGCUCGCGUACCGCCUCCUUCGCCGCCACCACGCCGACCCCAAGAGACUCACCGCCGCGCUGUCGGGCUCGGGCCUCGACCCUUCCUCCCCGCGCCUCCUCGACGCCGUCCUCCGCCGCUGCGGCGCCGCCUCCGCCCUCGCGCUCCACUUCUUCCACUGGUGCUCCCCGUCGCUCCCGGCGCCGGGGCCGCUCCCCUCCUCCCUCGCGCUCCUCGCCAAGUCCUUCUCCCGCGCCUCCUCUGCGCCAUCCCCUUCCCUCCUCGCGUCGCUCCCCGCCCAGCUCCUCUCCCCGUCCCUGCUCUGCCCCGUCCUCCGCCGCCUCCCGCCCCCGCGCCUCCUUCCCUUCGCGCACGCCCUCCUCUCCGCCCGCCCCGACCACGACCACCCCUCGCUCUUUCUCUCCCUCCUCGAGUCCCUCACCAAGAUCGGCCAUGUCACCACCGCCGAGCAGCUCGUCGAGGAGCUCCAGCCCAGGCUCCCUCUCUCGCUCCGUCACUACACGGCGCUGCUCUACGGGUGGUGCCGCCUGGGCAAGCUCGACGAGGCCAAGCACGUGCUGGCCCGCAUGAAGGCCGCGGAGGUCGCCCCGGACGUCGUCGUCUUCAACACCCUGCUCACCGGCUUCGUCGCCGACGGGCGGUUCGAGGACGCGUUCGAGCUGGCGCGUGAGAUGGAGCGGCGUGGCUGCCCGCCGAACGCCGUUUCGUACACCACCCUGAUGCAGGGGCUUGGCGCGAGGGGGCGGGUUGAUGAGGCAAUGCGGGUGUUUGUGGAAAUGCGCAGGAAGGGGUGUGCCCCGGAUGCUGUCACUUAUGGCACUCUGGUUACUGCGUUCUGCAAGGCUGGCAGUAUAUCACGGGGAUAUGAGUUCUUGGACGCCAUGGCGAGGGAGGGCCUGCGGGUGGAUGCCGGCGUAUACGUCGGGUUCUUUGUCGCGCACGAGAAGAAGGAGCAGCUAGAGGAGUGCUUGGAGUUGAUGGAGAGGAUGAGGGAGUGCAGGUGCCCACCAGACCUCAGCAUCUACAAUGUGGUGAUCAGGCUGGCCUGCAAACUAGGGGAGAUGAAGCAGGCUGUGGCAUUGUGGAACGAGAUGGAGAGUGGCGAGCUUAGUCCUGGGGUUGACACAUUUGCUAUCAUGGUGAAUGGUCUCGUUGGCCAAAGCGCGCUGGUUGAGGCGUGCGGUUAUUUCAAGGAGAUGGUUGGGAGGGGACUCUUUGUUGCACCCCAAUAUGGGGUGCUGAAGGACCUCCUCAAUGCAUUGGUCAGAGAUCAGAAACUUGAGCUUGCCAAGGAUGUUUGGGAAUGCAUCAUGAGCAAAGGUUGUGAGCUCAAUGUUGGCGCAUGGACAAUCUGGAUUCAUGCGCUGUAUGCAAAGAAACAUGUCAAGGAGGCCUGCUUGUAUUGCUUAGACAUGCUUGAGGCUGGGCUGAUGCCGCAGCCGGACACGUUUGCAAAGCUGAUGAAGGGACUGAAGAAGCUCUACAACAGGCAGAUUGCUGCUGAAAUCACCGAGAAGGUUAGAAAGAUGGCAGAGGAGAGACAUGUUAGCUUCAAAAUGUAUAAGAGGCGUGGGGUGAAGGAUCUUGAAGAGAAGCCUAAGGCAAAGGCGAAGAGAAAGGAAGGACAGAAAAGGAGUCGCUGGAGGCAGGCUGGUCAGAGUCGAUCCAGUAGGCAUGCUGACAAAACUGACCUUUUGGAUGAUUUUGAUGAUGAAUAAUUUCCUGCGAUGACUCCUUUUUGCCUUCUGGUAGUAUAAUUUUUAUGUAUAGUUUCAAUUUAGAAAAUUAUUACCCUAGAUCAUUCUGCAUCAAGUUUAAUAUUUUUACCUGGAGAUUCACUGGAUUGUACUGUUGGCCAUCCGAACAAGACUGUAAACAUGUCAAAAAAAAUAUAGUGGUCUUUCUUUCUAUGCAAAUUGAGCGAACUGCAAAAAUUUUUAGGUGCAGAGAAACAGAUGCUCGUC